CUUCUCUUUCUUUUGCAUUGAUCAAGAUCAUCUUUCCUUUUAGCAUAUCUCUUCUUUUUCCCUCUCCUUUAUAGAGUGGCAGUGGUAGCUUUGAUUUGUAACAAUGGCGGAAGAGUUGUUGGAUAUCGAAGCAGAAACUAUGGCUGCUGCCGCAGAUCAGUUGGAAGCCACUGCCACUGCCUUGUUUAAGAGUUCAAAUCGCCCUGUUAUUUUAAAGUUUGUCGAUGUUGUCUACAAAGUCAAGUCCCAGAAAGAGCGAAAAUUCCUGAAAAAUAAGUCCAGAUCAGAUGAAAAUUUAGUGAUCUUAAACGGGAUAACAGGGAUGGUUCAACCAGGUGAAAUGUUGGCCAUACUCGGUCCGUCAGGCAGCGGCAAAACAACACUGUUAACGGCAUUAGGGGGUCGCCUAACCGGUGGUCGCCUCGGUGGAACCAUAACUUACAAUGGAAAGCCUUUCUCCAAUUCAAUGAAGCUAAGAAUCGGCUUUGUUACACAAGAAGAUGUUCUACACCCUCGAUUGACAGUGACGGAAACUCUCGUUUUCACCGCCCUUCUUCGAUUACCGAAUAGUUUCAGUUUAGAAGAAAAGAUCGCGAAUGCGGAAGCUGUUAUCAAUCAACUAGGACUAAAAAAAUGCAAAAACACCAUCAUCGGUGAUCAAUUUUCGAGAGGCAUUUCGGGAGGUGAACGGAAAAGGGUAAGUAUAGGCCAAGAAAUGCUCAUAAAUCCAAGCUUGUUGUUCUUAGAUGAGCCGACAUCCGGUCUGGAUUCGACUACGGCGCAAAGGAUCCUGUCGAUAUUGUUAGAGCUCGCUAAAGGUGGAAGAACAGUCGCGUUGACGAUUCACCAGCCUUCGAGUAGGUUAUUUUACAUGUUUCAUAAGCUCUUGCUGUUAUCAGAAGGGAACCCUCUGUAUUUCGGACAUGGAUCAACGGCAAUGGAUCAUUUUUCGAGCAUUGGAUACUCCCCAUCAUUCGCCAUGAACCCUGCAGAUUUCCUGUUGGAUCUUGCAAAUGGGAUUCCAUCAGAUGAGUCACCAAAGGAGCAAAUCCUGAUGAAGGAAACAGUAAUUUCAGCCUAUAAAACCAGCAUUUAUGAGAAAUUGAAAGGUGAGCUCGAGGAAAUCAGAGAUCGUGAGAUUAUUGAUGAACUGGGAAACAAAGAGUUGGAAAGAUGGCCGACAACUUGGUGGCAACAAUUCACCGUGUUGCUUAAAAGGGGACUGAAGGAAAGGAAGCAUGAAUCUUUUUCGAUCUACAACAUUACUGAGAUCCUGAUUUCAGCUGUUUUUACAGGCUCGUUAUGGUGGAAAUCUGAUAUUUCUCACUUGCAGGAUCAGGUUGGACUCCUCUUUUUCAUGUCAGGAUUUUGGGCAAUCUUCCCUUUAAUGCAAGCAAUUUUCACCUUCCCACAAGAACGAAUGAUGCUGCAAAAAGAACGAUCGUCGGGCAUGUACAGGCUUUCCUCGUACUUCAUGUCGAGAAUCGUCGCCGAUCUUCCCAUGGAACUUAUUCUUCCGACUUCUUUCAUUACGAUUGCAUAUUGGAUGUCCGGUCUGAAACCCACUGCGCUAAACUUCCUUCACACCUUGUCCGUCCUUCUUUACGGCGUCCUAGUCUCUCAAGGUGUAGGGUUAGCCAUUGGUUCAGUGUUAAUGGACCUUAAAAAAGCCGCCAUUCUAUGUUCGGUGCUGGUGUUGAUCUUCUUGCUCGCCGGCGGGUUCUAUAUCCAGCACGUCCCGACGUUCAUAUCGUGGAUCAAAUACGUUUCGGUCACUGGUUAUACUUUUAAACUCCUCCUCGGAUCUCAGUUCAAGCCAAAUGAAACGUACCCUUGCGGCGGUGAAGAUGGGGUGUUUUGCAAAGUUGAAGAUUUUCCGUCGGUAAAAGCUGUUGGCCUGGAGAGGCAAUUCGUUUGUGUUGUUGCCAUGGGUGUGAUGCUUGUUGGUUACCGGUUGAUUGCUUAUUUGGGUCUCAUGAGAAUUGGGUGAGCAAAAGUUAAGACCAUACUUAUGUUUUGGGCAUUUGAAUAUAUCAUUCCAAUCUCUAAAAAUUAUUAGUG